AGACCCAACUCUUUUAAGGAUAUCAUCAUGUCACCUGAUGGUAUGCCCUGCUGGUGCAUAUUCCCAAAUACGUUUUGCCGUCAGAUGAACACUAAGCAGUGAACUCGCAGUAAACCUGGAGCUUUUGAGGCCCCCGGGAGUUCUGGUUAUCCCGCCACUAGGCUUUUCACCGGCAAAACACCGACACACUCCCUUUCCCUUAAGCCGGGGAAUAAACACGGAGCGGCGGCAGGAGCAGGACUGACCUCCCCCGGUGCGCACCAUCCAUGGUCCUCCCCUGGAUGUCUGUCUGACAGGAGGGUUGGCGUUACUUUGUUGAAGCGACAGAGGCAGGCCCCGUGUCAGAGGUGAAGAGAGCAAGACAGGAGUCCUCCCAGACAGCAGGGGGCAGCAGCAGGCAUGCAGGACUCGACCUCAGACAGCAAGAUGUCCAAACAGGAACAGAACUCUAAGCAUCUGGACGAACACAGAGAAACAGAUGAAAUGUCUGAGAAGAUGUCACCAAACAAGAACCUCAAAUCUCCCCAGAAAGGCUCCAAACGACUUAAAACCGCCCCCUUCAAAGUGACCCUGCUGGACUCCUCCGAGUUUGAAGGAGAAAUUGAGAAGCACUCAAAAGGACAGACCCUGAUGGAUAUGGUGUGUGAGCACCUCAACUUGCUGGAGAAGGACUACUUUGGUCUGACCUUUGCCGACACAGACACCCAGAAGAACUGGUUGGACCCUUCCAAGGAGAUCAAGAAGCAGAUGCGCAACUCUCUGUGGCACUUUGCCUUUGCAGUCAAGUUCUACCCUCCAGACCCCUCCCAGCUCACUGAGGAUAUUACCAGAUACUACCUGUGUCUGCAGCUGAGGGAUGACAUGCUGUCAGGUCGACUGCCGUGCUCGUUCGUCACUCACGCCCUCCUGGGCUCCUACACUGUCCAAGCCGAGCUGGGAGACUACGACCAGGAUGACCACGGCUCUGACUACGUCAGCGAUUUCCGCUUUGCCCCCAAUCAGACACGCGAGCUGGAGGAGAGGGUGAUGGAGCUGCAUCGAAACUACAAGGGGAUGACUCCCGCAGAGGCUGAAAUUAACUUCUUGGAGAAUGCGAAGAAACUGUCCAUGUAUGGUGUGGACCUCCAUCAUGCUAAGGAUUCUGAAGGGAUUGACAUAAUGCUGGGUGUCUGUGCCAAUGGCCUGCUGAUUUACCGUGAUAGGCUGCGGAUCAACCGUUUUGCCUGGCCAAAGAUCCUUAAGAUCUCUUAUAAGAGGAGCAACUUUUACAUCAAGAUACGACCUGGAGAGUACGAGCAAUUUGAAAGUACAAUCGGUUUUAAGCUUCCCAACCACAGAGCUGCCAAGAGGCUGUGGAAGGUCUGCAUUGAGCAUCACACUUUCUUCCGGUUGGUAUCUCCAGAGCCUCCUCCUAAGGGCUUCUUGGUGAUGGGUUCCAAGUUUCGAUACAGUGGGAGGACACAGGCUCAAACCAGACAGGCCAGUGCGCUUAUAGACCGGCCUGCUCCACACUUUGAGCGUUCCACCAGCAAGAGGUACCUGCUGUCCAGGAGCUUGGAUGGAGAGUUCUCUAGGCCAGUCUCAGCCAUGUGUGAGAACCACGAUGGCCUUUCUCACCGCAGCAUUAGUGAACAGCAUCACCUCCACAGCCCGUCUGUGGACGAGCAGGAGACUGAGCUGGAGCCCAGUUUGGAGCAGGAUGAGGAGGACAAGGACCAAGAGCGGAGCCAGGAGCCAGAGCAGGACAAAGAUGACGACGGCAAUGUCACUCCAAGCAGGAAGAAAGAGAUCAUGUUUCUGGAUAAGUCUCAGGAUGUCUUGCUGAAGCACCAGGCUAGCAUCAACGAGCUGAAGAGAGCCCUGAGGGAACCCAACAGCAAGCUGAUGAACCGCGAGAAGCGUCUGUCCGCCUCCUCCCCGAUUGGCACACCAGAGAAGAAGGCUUUGGUGGGCCGAGCAGUGGGAAAGGACCCUGUUAACAGCCUGUCUGUUGAGGGUUUCGUCCAGAAGAGUCUGGUGACUUCACCUGAGGGCUCUGAGGAGUGGGUAUUGAUUGAAAAACAAGAAACUUAUCAACCAGACCAUGACUGGAAGGCAGAAGAAAAGAACAAAUCUCUCACAUCUGAUUCCUCGUGGGAGAAAAAGGAGCUGGAAAAAGAGAUAGAUCUUACCAAGAUGAUACAUAAAGAGGAGCCUGUCUCCGCUCCUGCCAUUUAUGAAGAGCCGUUUGCUGAUUUCAAGAAGGAGCUCGGGGACAGGAGGCCCCAGCCAAGCAUAGCCUCUGAGGAAGAGCAGGAGCGGGACACUGUGGCCUGCAUGAGGGAAACCCACCUGGUCAUCGAGCGCAAGUGCUCCAGCAUGACGGUCAGCUCCACGUCCAGCCUGGAGGCUGAGGUCGACUUCACCAUCAUCACAGAUCUUCACUCUGGCGUCGAGGAUUUCUCAAGGGGCAUGUCAGAGCUGGGAGAGAGGGAGCGUCAGCCCGAGGUGGGCCGGGAGGACUUUGAGGAGACCUCCAGGUUCUACUCUGCCCGCCUGAUGGGCUCCCGGGACAAGUCUCCCAUAGAGGAGAAACUUCCUGAGGAGGGAACACAUGAGCCUCCAGUGGCAAAGAAAGACCCCAGUGCUGUGAACGUGGCCCAUAUGCUGAAGAGGGCUGACACAAAGACGGAGACGCAUACAAAUGGAUCAGAGGUCCACCCCAACAUCAUGAAUGUGUCACCGCAGAACUAUGGAGUUGUCAACCUGCGGGAGGCUCCUGUUGCCCUUAAAGAAAAUGGCUCCCCUGUUAAAGCCAGCACCCAGGGGAGAGAGUCCAUUGUGUCCCCACUGACCGUUACUGCUGAAAGCGUCACUUCAGCAACCACAACUCAAGUUACCAAGACUGUGAAAGGAGGCUACUCAGAGACCAGAAUCGAGAAAAGGAUUAUAAUCACAGGAGACGAUGAUGUGGACCAACAUCAGGCCCUCGCCAUGGCGAUCCAAGAGGCCAAGCAGCAGCACCCCGACAUGCUGGUGACAAAAGCAGUGGUUAUCAGGGAAACAGAGUCUCCCACUGAGGAGCUGCAGCAGAAGGCGGAGUCCUGAUUGGUCGAGGUGGCUCCUGGGACGGAGAGACCAGAGAGGAUCCUCCAGCUGUGUGUCUCCAGCCCCACCCCGCAGUAGGCCCCCAAGAGGACUCUCUACCGCACUGUGUACACACCGACACAAGAACAGACUGCGCUCCAUGAAGUAGUCAUUAGACUUUCACUCCUGUCCCUUUAGACAAACCAACUGUGACCUGGCCUCCCAUCCAGUCCCGGCCCAUCCCCAGCCCACCACCCUCUUACGGAACCGGAAACGUCUUCUGUUGGAUCAUUAAUCGCUUGGAGUGACGCAAGAUUGAAAGAGAAACCCACUCACAGCUGUAACUAUUUGAAUUCACCUCUCUUAGUCAUUUGUCUGAAACUUUACUUGCAUAUUAUUUAAUCUAAGGCAUUUUGACUCAUUUGAACCCUCAGGAUUAUUUGAAUCAUAGAGUUUUUAAGCCCAAACUCCACAGACCCAAGCACCUUUCCUUCACACAAAAAAAAUCUUUGUAUUUUAAGGUUACAAAUAUCUUCCCUGUGCUACUGUCACAUAUGAAAUGAAUACACUAGAGCAGAGGAUGGUUGAGUGAAAGUAUGGGGACACUGCUGGUGAUGGGGGGGUGGGGUGAGGAGGUUGGUGCCAAGGGGCAAAAGGCAGCCUUUUUGCUCGUUGCUGCCCCCUCUUGGCUGUGACACCUUCAGUAUAAUCAACAGCUGUCUUAUUAGCUUUUUACAUUUUUAUCUAUAGAGAAUCUAAUUUAUGUCCAGUGUUUGCUUGUUUAUGAAAUAUGUAUAAUAUCAGAUGAUUAUAAUCUGCAUGAUACGAUAGAAAAUUAGCUGAGGGAAUGAAAAAAAAAAAACGUGGAUACGUCCACAUUUGAAAUCCUUAAGGAGCUCUGACAUGAUGGGACUGAACACCUGCGGAGAAACUGUUAAAAAAAAAACAAAAAAACCACUGGGCCAGUGUGUAGUGGACACAUAACAACGUUGACGGACUCGGCUGAGGAACAUAAGGACAGUUCAGCGGGCAGCUGGAACUCUGCUUUGGUCCCAGCCUCCAACAUACAAACAUCACUGUCCUUGACCAAUUUUUUUCCCCCCUUCACUGUAACUGUUUUCAUUUUGGUGUCAACUCGGCAUCAGCAUGAAGAAAUGCUGGUCACACAUUUUUGACACAGUAAUAAGAUCAAUAGAGAAUUUUUAAUAUGAAUAAUGUUUUAUCUAAUAAGUUUCAAAAAUGUGAUGAUAUGUUUUUACCGUUUUCUUACUUGAUUUUACUGACUUGCACCAUGAAGCAGAGCUUAUUUUAUUCUUCUGUCUUUGGACAUUUCAGUCCUCAUGUGUGAACGUGCUGACAUCGCUCUUUAAUAUCCAAGCCUCCUCAAACACCCAAAUCUCGAGAUCAAGUUUGCCAAACUGGGAAGGUUUGAAGCACUAAAGAGAAAUCCAGUGAAUCAGGGGACCAACUUUUAGUCGUUUUGCUGUGCCCCAAGUAUCUGGGGAUCUGUAUGCUGUUCAUUCCAGUUUCAAAAUUUUAACUGACUUCCCUCUCAAUCAUCAGUGUCAGCAUCAUGUCCAUUCCUUGAACCGGCUAUAGUUGUCCUAUUUUGGCCAGUUGUAGGCAGCAUAAUAAGCUGUAAACACAACAGUGAGGUAUCAUCACCUGUUUGCAAACAGUUGUCUACUCAAGCAUCCAGCAGAUGCAGCGCAACAUUAGCAUUCAUUUGGAGUCAUGUUUCUGGCCACCUGAUGAAUGUAAGUCCAAUAUUCACUCUCUUUUAGCUCUGUUUUGAUCUCGAGGGAAAUAUUUAAACAUUGAUUUAAAAAAUGUAUUCAAUCUUUAGCUGCUUAAUUCCUUAGCUAGGUGCUAACUGUGUUUGCAGUUUUGAUGCUUAGCAGGUAGCAUGUGGGUGGUUUAACAGAGCUUUUUCGCUGAAAACCAGUAACCAGCGCUGGAAACAACACGGAUGAGAGCGGCGAGAGUAAACAAAUUCAAGAGGCUAAAAUGCUUCGCAGAGUUGAACGAAACCACAGAGUUGGGUAACAAUUCUUUAUGGGUUUGUUACUACUUUCAUAUUACGCUUAGUCAUACGGCCCAUUGUCGAUAUAAAAAUAUUUCUUGUUGCAUUUUUAAGGCAAGACUUUACAUGUAGUCAUUUUAUUUAAACGUAAUAUAAAAAUAUUGACCAUAGCAGCAACUUCGACAAGCGAUGUUAAAACAUUGAGUUUCCAGUUUUGAUUCAGUGUGCACGUUCACAGAUACUGUCUGAAAAGUCCAAAACCACAAGAUUAA